AUCAUUAUAUCCUCGGAAUUCACCGCCUCCCCGAGGGAAAAUAUUUAACUAGUGAUGCUAAUUCAAAAGCCCAUAUAGAGUCUAUAUUUGAUAAAUGUGGUAUCUCUCAUACUGCCAUUCGGAUUGAACAAGCGCGCUCUUCAAACGAAAUAAAGCCAGUAGUUUUAUUAUACCACGGACUUAUGAUGUGUAGCGAAAUUUGGAUGUGUAAUUUAGACGAAGAGAGAAGAUUGGCUUGCUUGUUGGCAGACGCUGGGCAUCCGAGCUCAAGAAAAUUCUGGGAAUAUUCUAUGGAUGAAUUUGCCUUAUACGAUUUACCAGAUACCAUUGACACAACUGGUGCUCCCUCUCUUACAUAUAUUGGAUUUUCACAAGGAGCAGCACAAGCUUUUGCAGCUCUUUCAAUCAAUCCAAAACUUAACAAAAAGGUUAAUCUUUUUGUUGCCUUGGCUCCGGCUACUAGUCCUAAAGGUUUACAAAAUCCAAUUGUUGACGCUUUUAUCAAGGCUUCACCUAAUAUU